UUGCUACAAGACCCCAUCGCUCCCACCAACUCCACAUGUCAGCAUUAUGUCUGCAAGAUGUGUAAAGGCAAGAAGAUGAUGAUGAAACCAUCAUGUAGCUGGUGCAAGGACUAUGAACAGUUUGAGGAGAACAAGCAGCUAAGCAUCCUGGUGAACUGCUAUAAGAAACUCUGCGAGUACAUAACACAGACUCCCCUGGCACGAGACAUUAUCCAAGCGGUCGACUGUUCCGCGGAUCUGUUGGCUCUGCUCAAAGAUGGGUCACCGCUCCACGAGGAGACAGAGAAAUCCUCCGACGCAGCCUUGGCUUUGUGUUUGACACAUUCCCCAGUACCUUCCACCUCGGAGCUCCCUCCGGACCCUCCGGCGGGUUUCGCCUCCGUCCCCGAAAGCACACACAACCUGGACCUGAGGGGCUCCGUGAUCAACGGGCUGCCCAACUGCAACGGGCUCUCGGUGGACAAACUGGGCGUGAGCAUCCCUUCUCCCGAGCACGCCAGUGCCAUCGACGUCUGCAGCGCUGGCGAGUUCAUCAAGACGGAGGAGCUGCCGGGCAGCCUGCAGCCAGUGUGCGACGCCGUCACCACCAGCGACCUGUGCUCCACAGGCAUCGACAUCUGCGGCUUCAGCGAGGACAUCAAGUCGGGCGGGUCGCUGCUGCUCAGUGUCGAGGAGGUGCUGCGCAGCCUGGAGACCGUGUCCAGCACCGAAGUCUGCGACUCCAAUCUGGAGCCCAGCUUGGAGACCAACAUGGCCAACGGUCCCUUCCUGCAGCUUUCUCCCCCUCCCCUCGGCCAUAACAUCUUCAUGUCCACAGAGGCUUCUCCCCACGGCAUCUCGUGCACGGCGGCGACGCCCAAGGUGGUGAAGUUAAACAGGAAGCGAUCUCGGUCCGAGAGCGACAGCGAGAAGGUCCAACCUCUGCCCAUCUCCAGCAUCAUCUGUGGCCCAACGCUGGGAGCAUCGGCUCCCGUGACAGUGAAACAGGAGAACAAAAUGUCCUUGCAGCCUAUUGCGACUGUACCUAAUGGAGGCACCACUCCUAAAAUAAGUAAAACUGUGCUCCUGUCUAACAAAAGCGUGAAAAAGAAUUUAGAACACGCCCCUAAGAAAUCCCACCCGAAAGCCAAACCAGGGGUGCUGAAAACGAAGGACAAGGCAAAGGAGAAGGUUCCCAGCAGUAACGUUAUGCCAGGAAGCCCAACAAAAACUGUGUACAAAAAGCCACAAGAAAAGAAAGGGUGUAAAUGUGGUCGUGCCACCCAAAAUCCAAGUGUUCUUACCUGCCGUGGCCAACGCUGCCCCUGCUACUCUAACCGCAAAGCCUGCCUUGACUGCAUAUGCCGCGGCUGCCAAAACUCCUACAUGGCCAACGGGGAGAAGAAGCUGGAGGCGUUUGCAGUGCCAGAAAAGGCCUUGGAGCAGACUCGGCUGACUUUGGGCAUUAAUGUGACAAGCAUUGCGGUGCGCAAUGCCAGCACAAGCACCAGUGUAAUCAAUGUGACAGGGUCACCAGUAACGACGUUUUUAGCUGCCAGUACACACGACGAUAAAAGUUUGGAUGAAGCUAUAGACAUGAGAUAUGACUGUUGAACCUUCCUUUCUUUUCCCUGCCAUCCGUAGGGGAACUGCUACAGGUUUAAGGCAGCUAUGGUUCUGUUUAACUUGCUGGAGCUCCUGCGUUUAGAUCACUUGUAUCAAGUGUUUUUCAUUGCUAUGUUCUGUGUAUUAGUGUCUGGGAAAUAGUUGCAGAUAAUGGAGGAGUUACCCUAAAACCAUUUUUAGUUCUUACAGCACCUCAUAGUUUGAAAUCGAUUGCUGAUGUAAAUCAUUUUAUCACAAGGUCUUUGACAAGGAAUAUAUUAACCUCAUUGUACUUGCUCAUGCUUUGUGCUCGGUCAGAGCUUCGGCUGCGACGUAGAGAAGUGGUACCUAGUUAGUCCAUCUCAACUGUGCUACACAAUGGUGUAGAGAAAUAAUUAUCGUGAGGUACAGUCACCGUGAGUAGGAAAUGGCCUGAGAUUCCUGUGGGAAAGGCAGCGCUGAGCU